CUGGCUGGGCCCUGCGGAGCGGGAGGGAAGGAGCGAAGGAGCAAGCUGAGCGGCCGUCGCCCAAGCCAAGCCGCGCUGCCAGCGCUCCCGCUCGCCCGCCCGCGCUCCUGUCCGCCGUGUCUAGCAGCGGGGCCCAGCAUGGUCAUGGCGGAUGGCCCGAGGCACUUGCAGCGCGGGCCGGUCCGGGUGGGGUUCUACGACAUCGAGGGCACGCUGGGCAAGGGCAACUUCGCCGUGGUGAAGCUGGGGCGGCACCGGAUCACCAAGACGGAGGGAGGAGGCAUUGCUGGUAAAGUCCUAAAAGGAAAUUUCCUAAGUAACAAGGUGGCAAUAAAAAUAAUCGAUAAGUCUCAGCUGGAUGCAGUGAACCUUGAGAAAAUCUACCGAGAAGUACAAAUAAUGAAAAUGUUAGACCACCCUCACAUAAUCAAACUUUAUCAGGUAAUGGAGACCAAAAGUAUGUUGUACCUUGUGACAGAAUAUGCCAAAAAUGGAGAAAUUUUUGACUAUCUUGCCAAUCAUGGCCGGUUAAAUGAAUCUGAAGCCAGGCGAAAAUUCUGGCAAAUCCUAUCUGCUGUUGAUUAUUGUCAUGGUCGGAAGAUUGUGCACCGUGACCUCAAAGCUGAAAAUCUCCUGCUGGAUAACAACAUGAAUAUCAAAAUAGCAGAUUUCGGUUUUGGAAAUUUCUUUAAAAGUGGUGAACUGCUGGCAACAUGGUGUGGCAGCCCCCCUUAUGCAGCCCCAGAAGUCUUUGAAGGGCAGCAGUAUGAAGGACCACAGCUGGACAUCUGGAGUAUGGGAGUUGUUCUUUACGUCCUUGUCUGUGGAGCUCUGCCCUUUGAUGGACCGACUCUUCCAAUUUUGAGACAGAGGGUUCUGGAAGGAAGAUUCCGGAUUCCGUAUUUCAUGUCAGAAGAUUGCGAGCACCUUAUUCGAAGGAUGUUGGUCCUAGACCCAUCCAAACGGCUAACCAUAGCUCAAAUCAGGGAGCAUAAAUGGAUGCUCAUAGAAGUUCCUGUUCAGAGACCUGUUCUGUAUCCACAAGAGCAAGAAAAUGAGCCAUCCAUCGGGGAGUUUAAUGAGCAGGUUCUGCGACUGAUGCACAGCCUUGGAAUAGAUCAGCAGAAAACCAUUGAGUCUUUGCAGAACAAGAGCUAUAACCACUUUGCUGCCAUUUAUUUCUUGUUGGUGGAGCGCCUGAAAUCACAUAGGAGCAGUUUCCCAGUGGAGCAGAGACUUGACGGCCGCCAGCGUCGGCCUAGCACCAUUGCUGAGCAAACAGUUGCCAAGGCACAGACUGUAGGGCUCCCAGUGACCAUGCAUUCACCGAACAUGAGGCUGCUGCGAUCUGCCCUCCUGCCCCAGGCAUCCAACGUGGAGGCCUUUUCAUUUCCGGCAUCUGGCUGUCAGGCAGAAGCUGCAUUCAUGGAAGAAGAGUGUGUGGACACUCCAAAGGUCAAUGGCUGUCUGCUUGACCCUGUGCCUCCUGUCCUGGUGCGGAAGGGAUGCCAGUCACUGCCCAGCAACAUGAUGGAGACCUCCAUUGACGAAGGGCUGGAGACAGAAGGAGAGGCUGAGGAAGACCCCGCUCAUGCCUUUGAGGCAUUUCAGUCCACACGCAGCGGGCAGAGACGGCACACUCUGUCAGAAGUGACCAAUCAACUGGUCGUGAUGCCUGGAGCAGGGAAAAUUUUCUCCAUGAAUGAUAGCCCCUCCCUUGACAGUGUGGACUCGGAGUAUGAUAUGGGGUCUGUUCAGAGGGACCUGAACUUUCUGGAGGACAACCCAUCCCUUAAGGACAUCAUGUUAGCCAAUCAGCCCUCACCCCGCAUGACAUCUCCCUUCAUAAGCCUGAGACCUACCAACCCAGCCAUGCAGGCUCUGAGCUCCCAGAAACGAGAGGUCCACAACAGGUCUCCAGUGAGCUUCAGAGAGGGCCGCAGAGCAUCGGAUACCUCCCUCACCCAGGGAAUUGUAGCAUUUAGACAACAUCUUCAGAAUCUGGCUAGAACCAAAGGAAUUCUAGAGUUGAACAAAGUGCAGUUGCUGUAUGAACAAAUAGGACCAGAGGCGGACCCUAACCUGGCGCCGGCGGCUCCUCAGCUCCAGGACCUUACUAGCAGCUGCCCUCAGGAGGAAGUUUCUCCACCGCAGGAAAGCGUCUCCACUCUCCCUGCCAGCGUGCAUCCCCAGCUGUCCCCACGGCAGAGCCUGGAGACCCAGUACCUGCAGCACAGGCUCCAGAAGCCCAGCCUUCUGUCAAAGGCACAGAACACCUGUCAGCUUUAUUGCAAAGAACCACCGCGGAGCCUUGAGCAGCAGCUGCAGGAACACAGGCUCCAGCAGAAGCGACUCUUUCUCCAGAAGCAAUCUCAACUGCAGGCAUAUUUUAAUCAGAUGCAGAUAGCAGAGAGCUCCUACCCACAGCCAAGUCAGCAGCUGCCCCUUCCCCGCCAGGAGACUGCACCGCCUUCUCAGCAGGCCCCACCGUUCAGCCUGACCCAGCCCCUGAGCCCGGUCCUGGAGCCUUCCUCUGAGCAGAUGCAAUACAGCCCUUUCCUCAGCCAGUACCAGGAGAUGCAGCUUCAGCCCCUGCCCUCCACUUCCGGCCCCCGAGCUGCUCCUCCUCUGCCCACGCAGCUACAGCAGCAGCAGCCGCCACCGCCACCACCACCUCCACCACCACGACAGCCAGGAGCUGCCGCAGCCCCCUUACAGUUCUCCUACCAGACUUGUGAGCUGCCGCGCGCUGCUUCCCCGGCGUCAGACUAUCCCGCUCCCUGUCAGCAUCCUGUGGAUGGAGCCCAGCAGAGUGACCUGACGGGGCCAGACUGUCCCAGAAACCCAGGACUGCAAGAGGCCCCCUCCAGCUAUGACCCACUAGCCCUCUCCGAGCUGCCUGGACUCUUUGAUUGUGAAAUGCUAGACGCUGUGGAUCCACAACACAACGGGUAUGUCCUGGUGAAUUAGUCUCAGCACAGGAAUUGGGUGGGUCAGGUGAAGGAAGAGUGUAUGUUCCUAUUGUUAUUCCAGCCUUUUAAAUUUAAAGCUUAUUUUCUUGCCCUCUCCCUGACGGGGAGAAAUCGAGUCACCCAACUGGAAUCAGAGGGCCUGGCUGGGGUGGAUGUUGCUUCCUCCUGGGCCUGCCCCGCCACAGAGUUGCCUGUGGCAAGCGCUGGAACAUAGUUGUAGCUGAGGCUUCUGCCCUUAGGUCGAGUGGAGCAAGCUCUCGAGGGUGGCACUGACAAAUGUGUUCCUAAGAAGACAUUCAGACCCAGGUCUUAUGCAGGAUUACAUCCUCUUAUUAUCAAGGGCAACCUUGGUGAAAGCAGAAAAGGUGUGUGCUAUUGCAUAUAUAUGGGGAAAAAAAGGCAAUAUAUUUUUCACUGAAGCCGAGCCACCACAUAUGGCUACAAGGCAAAUCAAGACGACAUCAGGAAAUCAGAUGCACAGGAAAUAAAGGAAAGCUGUGCUUUGUCAUUGAAUCCUAAGUUCUUAGCUGCUGAUGCAAGUUGUCCCCCAAGGCCAUCACAAAGCAGUGGGGCGUGAGCUCUGUUUCAGGGGCCACUAAAUAACAGCUGGUACUGACCCCAGAGACCACCUUCAUCUCCACUCGGGAGCAGGUGACAUACCCCUUCAGAAGGUGCCCUGGGUUGCCGAGUGUCACAAUAUACUCAGGACUCCAAAGGUGUCACACGUGGAACUGACAGGAGACCCGCCACCGUGGAGACAGGGGGCAAGAAACUCAAGAACGCAUCAAGAGCACCAGCCCUGGGCCAGGGAAGACAGGCUUUUCCUGCAGUCUCCCGUGGACACUGCUGGCUUGGGGGCAGUCGCUCUCCAGGGUACCUGUUGUCUCUUUUCCGAUGUAAUAACUACUUUGACCUUACACUAUAUGUUGCUAGUAGUUUAUUGAGCUUUGUAUAUUUGGACAGUUUCAUAUAGGGCUUAGAGAUUUUAAGGACACGAAAAAGGAACUUUUACGUCCCAUGUGAAGUGGUAGUGCUGUGCCUUUCCCCCAGAUCAUGCUUUAAUUCUUUCUUUUCUGUAGAAACCAACAGUUUCCAUUUAUGUCAAUGCUAAAUCCAAAGUCACUUCAGAGUUUGUUUUCCACCAUGUGGGAAUCAGCAUUCUUAAUUUCCUUAAAGUUUUGACUUGUAAUGAAAUGUUCAAGUAUUACAGCAAUAUUCAAAGAACCACAGAUGUGUUAACCAUUUAAGCAGAUCAUCUGCCAAACACAUUAUAUUACUAAUAAAACUUAACCAACACUUACAAUCCAGUCAUCAAAGUAAGUAAAAAUUAGAUGUUACAGCUAGCUAACUGUAUCCCUAGAAAUGAUGAAUAAUUUGUCAUUUGGACAGUUAACAUCCAGGUGUUACAAAUUCAGUGUUAAUUCUAAAGAUGACCAUUUCUGCCCUUUAGAAUGGCUUGUCCCAUCAGCAGAUGAAUGUGUAAGCACAAAGCAUCUUCCUUAAAGCACAAAGAGAGGGACUAACUGAUGCUGCAUCUAGAAAACACCUUUAAGUUGCCUUUCCUCUUUGUAGUUAGUGUCCAGGCAGGUGAAGUGUGGAAAGUCUAGGGGCUUCCAUUCUGGCCGUGUGAGCCCAGCUCCUACCAACUUCAGUAACUUGAGCAGUCUCUGUUGCUGGCCAGAGACUGCCUGGUCGCCAGCUCACCAUGGUGCCAGGACACUUCGCUGAGGCACUGUGCUCGGGGUUGGACUCGGUGUCAGUGGGAAAGGGCAGUGUGGGGACUGUCAUUUUUGUGAUUUAAUAACACAGUGAAAAUCCCGGAAGAAUGAAUUAAGCUCUUUCUGGGAGUUGUUUAUUCCCUCGUGCUUAAGAUUGAUGAUUUCGUGAAAUAAAGAACAUCAUUUCAUUUAAGAGAUCAUUUCAUUAAGAUCUCUAAUCUGUUUUGAGUCUUUGCAAAAUAGCCAGUUAUAAAAUGGGGCUUGAUUUGUUUACACUGAAGGAAGACGUUUUCCCAAAAUAUACUACAGAAGUACUACAAUAUUUGUGAUAUUAAAAUGCCUUCCAGAUUGAAAAUGGGGGCUGCUCAUUUCAGAACUGCAGGAAUGGUGUAGUUACAAAUCGACAUAAACUCCUGCCCCCCAAAAAUGCCAUGAGCUGCUUAGCCCAGGAGACCUGGGAGCUAUGGCAGGACGGUCAGGCCAGCCGAUGAGGGACUGCAGAGAGCUACUGGAAGGUUAAGGACCCAGAGAGAAAUCGAGCUGUGCCCCGCGACAGCCAGGCCUAUCAGGAGCCGUCAGACACGGCAGCAGCGUGGACACCGGCCUGACGCAGAGCGUGACCCCUCCUGCUGGGACCUGUGUUGUAAGCUCCUAUUUGCUUAUCUUGUUUAUUUCAAGCAGAAAUCAAUAAAUUCCAUAACCCUCUGUAUUGACUGCAAUGUAAGCUGCUGAAGAGACUGGUUCUGUUGGUCAGUCAGGUGUUUGCUCAGCCCCGUCUGGUCACCUGUGCUGCUCUGUCCCUAACUAGUGACCCAUGGAAGCUUCCAGGCAGUUUUCUCUUCAUCAACACUAAUGUAACACUAAGAAGGCUUAGUAUCGCUUUUUCUCCGGGGCUACUCUGAAGUACUGACUUGCUUUCCAGUCUGUUUCACAUUAGCAGUGUGUACACUACUGUAUCAUCAUCAUCAGCUUCAUCACCCUGUAAACCAGGCUCCUCUGAAGAGACUUUGGUGAGAUAAACAUGAGGUAAAAAUUUCAUUCAGCAAAAAGUGCAAUAUGUGUGGUACUUUAUUUUUUAUGUUCUUUUUUUUUAAUCCGGGGUAUUAGUCUCUGCUUUGGGAGAAAUGCACUAGCUCUGCAAUUUCCAGCUGGGCAAGUGUGUCUCUAGUAUCUCCAUGCAACGGAUACACUGGUCCCUGUAAGGCAAACAGCAUGUUAGCCCGACGGGAAGAGGGGGCCCACUUUCACAUUCCCAGUGACACCGCCCAUCCCAGCUGCCUCCUCGCCACCUCUGCCUGCACUGCCCUCUGCCACCAUGGGAACAGAAGGAGGCCAACCCCCUGGAGAAUCCCUGGGUGGGAGAGCGUCAGGGCCCAGCAGGGGAGUGGGGAUGGGGCUCAGGGACUGUUCGUGCCCAUCUGAGCAAACCCCUUCUCUCCUCCAUCCACUUUUGCCUCCUAGGAAAGAAAAAGUCAGUGGCCCUUUCCUCAGAUAUCAAGAACUCCCCGUGUUUAAACCAUGUGCUGGAGUCAGGCUGGGACAGACAGGAGCCCAGGACUGAGGCCAGCCCUUGUCUCUUGUGCCCCUUCCCAACUCUGGCACUGGAGUAAUGGGGGGUUCUGUGUUUUGAUGGGGAGCAAGGGGGGACCCCCCGUAGGAGUAUCGGCCUCUCCCCUGCCCCCUACCCUUUCCCAUGGACCGAAGGCUCCAGCAGAAGGGACUCAUCGUGAAACUGACCGACUCCCCCACCUCUGCCCACACACCGAGUGUCAUCAUCAGUCCUAAAGGCAGGAAAACGCUCGCAGAAUUCUGCCCACGGGUUAGACGGCGGGGGGGAUAUUCCCAGCUCCAGUGAUCAGGUGAUCAGCCAGAAACUACGGCAAGGUGACAAGCAGCAACCUGGAGUCACAGUUGGUCAGGGUCCCAGGCGUGUAGGCACCAAACAGCCUCCAGAGACAUGCAGGCGGGUGAGGAUGCAAGGACAGGGUGAGUGAGCGGCGCUCCUUUUUGGGGUCCGCCAGCCUCUAAUCAAGCCCCAGGUUCAUAAAUAUGUUUGUAUUACAUUUUAAAACCUGUAUCAACAGGCACACUUAAGCUCCCUAUUGGUUUAAAGAAAAUUCACACUCCAGAUAGCUUUUUCCCAUUUGACCUCCUGUAGAGACAAUAUGCAGUGUGUCAUUUCACAGAGUCGGUCCCUGUGAACCAUGGCUGACCCCCGUGCUGGGGAUGACCUGCUACACUUGAACUCCUAACCUGGCUUGCCUCUGCUGCCUCCUGGGAAGCCACCGAGCCACUCGGUCUCUUUGUGCCUAAACAUCAAAGGUGAAAAUUGGAGAACAGGGAGGCUCGUAAGUUGGAGUCAUUGUACAGGCAGGGAUCUUUGAUCAUUUUGUUGCUUCUGGAAUUUUUUUUUUUUUUUUUUUUUUUGAAACAGAGUCUUGCUCUGUCGCCCAGGCUAGAGUGCAGUAGUACGAUUUCAGCUCACCACAACCUCUACCUCGUGGGUUCAAGCAAUUCUCCUGCCUCAGCCUCCCAAGUAGCUGGGACUACAGGUGUGUGCCACCGCAUCCAGCUAGUUUGUGUAUUUUUAGUAGAGAUGGGGUUUCACCAUGUCCAGGCUGGUCUGGAACUCCUGACCUCAGGUGAUCCACCCACCUUGACCUCCCGAAGUGAUGGGAUUACAAGCGUGAGUCACCGCACCCGACCUGGAAUUUUUUUAUGGAACUUAUCUUCAGAGCGAUGUAUGAAAGACAAGAGCAGUAUUGGCCGGGCGCAGUAGUAGAUGAAGUAGAUUAGUAGUAGUAGGUGAAACUCUGUCUCUACUAAAAAUACAAAAAAAUUUGCCGGGUGCGGUGGCGGGCGCCUGUAGUCCCAGCUACUCGGGAGGCUGUGGCAAGAGAAUGGCAUGAACCUGGGAGGUGGAGCUUGCAGUGAGCCGAGAUCACGCCACUGCAUUCCAGCCUGGGUGACAGAGUGAGACUCCACCUCAAAAAAAAAAGACAAGAGCAGUAUCAUCUGCCUUUGUUUCUAAACUGGACAAAAAGAUUUUCUUAAAGUUUCUGUCUCCCUUCUGACAGGUUCCACAGCAUGGUCUGAAGCACCAGUAAUGUCAGAGUCCUUGUCUGGCCCUUGGUGGUGAGUGAACGAAGGCAGUGGAGCCUCUCACCUCCCAGUAGCCUCUCACAUUCUUAUUUUACCAUUUUUGUCCUAAUUAAGGUAGCCUGGCUGAUUCUAAAAGACUAGCAGCCAUCCUAGGUGCACCCCCACCUUACGUCCACAUCUUCUCCAGGCAAGUUUCAACCUAUCAGCAGACUCGGGCACACACUGGGGCACAGAUAGAGCACCAGGCAGCACUGCCCACAGAGCCACCCAGGGAGAGCUUUGAUGGGUUCUGCCCAGAUACUGCGCUCGCCCGCCCACAAGGGAGCAAUAGCUUAUAUUUGUACAUUAGUUUUACCAAGCACUUUCACGAGGACUCUCUUCUCAUCCUCACAACAAUUCUAUGAAAUUAGCUGGGGAGAUGCUGUCCUUAUUUUUCACAGCUGAAGAAACCAAAGCUCUCGGAAGUUUGUGACUUCUCUGAGAUCACAGCUGGUGAUAGGAGGAGCUGGGACAAGCGCUUGGGCUGACUGGCUUCUGGUUUUGGUUCUCGGGCUGCUUGCUCUGGAAGAAGCCCUGUCUUUCCUCUCUUCAGUAGCAUCUGACUCUUUUCUUAAGCAAACAGCUGUAUAAACAAAGCCCCCAUUUUGGUCAAGCACAGGGUGACUGUGACAUUGUUCCCACAACCUUAUUCUCCACUCGACAGCCGCCUGGCUUUGGGGCAGAGGCUGCUUUCAGGUGACAGUGCAGCUGUCCAGGUGGCCGUGCACUGAACCAGGCUGAGGGAGACAAAGACCUCGCAGACCCACCUGCCUUUGAGCAUCCAGUUAACUGCAGGAGUUUAGGCUCACCUCAAAGACGCCUAGUUUUUCCAAGUUACAAUACAGCAGUUUCCUACAGGACAUCCCCCUACUCAGUUGCCAAGGGGCCGCACUGCAUGGCAUCAGGCCACCACUGCAGGCCAGCAGAUUCCACCCCAGGAACCGUCAUGAACUCAGCCUUUGUCUCGAGGGGCGUGACAUUUCCUUACAGUCAAGCCCCAUCAAAUAGAAGUGCUUAUUACUUUUAGCAUUAAAAAAGUAAUAACAGACUUUGACUUAAUACUCUGUCUUUUCAGAGGCAAAGUGGGUGGGUAGAGGGGAGCUUUAAAAAUAGAAGUACAAAACAACAUCCUGGAAACAUAUGACCCCAGACGGAAUAAUGUCGCAUUCCCCAGUGCAGAUAACAGGCUGCUGCUGGCUCUGUGGUGUCUGUCUGCUGAAGAUUUGCUCAGUCAAGGAAAUUCAAGUGGCGAGACCUUUCCACCAUGGGCGGUGAGAGAAACCUGCCUUCACCAAAAUCUCUGAAGGGGAAAGAAGCGGAGAGAAAGGUUUGCUUCACUUCGGGGACUGCAGUUUGAGAAAUAAAAGGGAUACAGAGAUAUUUGCACUUUGUAGAAAGCGCAAGAGUAUUUGCUUAUAUCUGAAGGGAGGCGGUGGUUUCGCUGGAUGUUUGGUCUGAAAGAGUUACUUUUGAUAAAGUUAAUCUAACUGUAGUUAUUUUUUUCUGUGUGCUUUUUUUUUAAUUACUAAGAAAAAAUUGGUGAGUUCAAUAGCUUUGGUAUUAUGAGUGCAAAUCAUAAUAGCUCCAAUUUGAAAAAAAAUCAAAAGUGUAACUUGUCACUCAAUGUUAGAAAAUUGCCUAAAAUGCAGUGUAAUAAAUAAUCUUUGUACCAAAUGGUAAUUUAAAUGGGGUAAUUUUCUGCAAGGAAAAUGUACUGUUUUUAUGUUUCCAACCCUCUUGAAUUAAAAUAAAAACAACUUGUUUUCUAAGA